UGGAGGAAGGAAGAGAAAAAGCUUCUGGUAUUUAUUGGGAGGGAGAAAUAAUCCACCGAAAAUAUAUGGGAGGGACGAAAUCGGAUGGCGUAAUGGUCUGUAAAAAAGUCAAGCACAAAAUUGCAUUGGGGGAUGGCGCAAGGCGUGUGCUUUUUGUCUGGAAGAAUGUUCCUGUUAUAACACCUUCCUAGGAAGAACUCGUAUAUCCAGUCAGUGACUCUAAACUGCGAGGAGCCAGACUCCAGCUCCUCCAGUGCUUCAUUGAUAGUGCCGGGUUUCCGUGUUACUCCGGCCGCAGUCCUUUGCAGGCUGAACUUAGUAAAAUGGACUUCUUAGUAAACAUGCAUUAAAUCUGGGUGUCGGUGAUGUGGCUCAUAGCCUGGGUAGAAUACAAUGUAGAGCCAAACUUUGGAUCCGUGUAUCCGUGAGCAGCUGCUUCUUAUAAGUCGUUGCAGUUGUCCACUUCAAAAUCCCGUGUGUGUGUGUGUCGAACGUAGUCCUGAUCGGUCAUAUUUGCAAUAUCACGAUGAAAAAAAAGGAAGCUAACCAGUUCCGUUUCUCCUGCAAAGUAGUUUCUGGAUUCUGAAAGGGCUGAACCCUGCUGCUGCCUGAUACGGAAUCCCGUUGAGUUCAAAAAAAGCACCUUCUGAAGUGAUUACGAAACUGAGAAUUACAAAGAAAAAAAAAAAUAACUAACUGCACUUUUUGCUUGGUUCCUCUGUUGCAGUAGUUAUGUAGUAAAAAAAAAAAAAAGGCAGUUAAUGUUUUUAUUUAUCAUUGUUCAAAAGCUAAGGUUUUGCAGACUUUCCCCAAACGAAUUUAAAAUUCUUUUCUGAAUUUCUCAUGAAACAAAAUACAGUUAACUCUGUAUUUCAGUUUAGAAACUAAAUAAGCUACCUAUUGGAGUAUUCUGGGCGUGCUAAAAAUAGGAGAGCAAACAUUCAGCUUAAAUAUGAUUAUGUCCCUUGUUUUUAUCUGCAAAAAUAAUUAGGUUGCUUGGACUCUACUGUAGGCACACUCAGAAACAGCUCCAAUUAUAGAAAACCUUCAUUUUAUAGGCACAGUGCUUUCAGCUAAUUCACCCAUCAUUACAUAAUUUUGCCCUUUGGCCAAUAGUAAAAUGCUUAGCGCUGCACUUCAUCAGCUGAAAAAGGCAAGGUGCUGGUGGACUCAUUCCAAAUAAGUAGAUUCUCUGUCUUUUCUCCUGAAGAUGAGGAAACAGCUUUGCCUAGCAUGAAGCAGUGGUUUUGCACAAUGCGUGUGUGCUGGCUAGUGAGCAAAGAUAGAAGCUGUCACCGAAUUAAACUACCGCACUUAGAAAUGGUGGUGAUAGGGCGUGGGCCUGAAACAGAGAUAACAGACAAGAAAUGUUCACGAAGACAAGUACAGUUAAAAGCAGAUUACAACAAAGGGUAUGUCAAGGUUAAACAGAUAGGAGUCAAUCCAACCAGUAUUGAUCUAGUGGAUGUUGGCAAAGAUCAAGAAACUAAACUGAAGCCAGGACAGGUUCUCCAUAUUGUCAAUAAAUUGUAUCCAUAUACUGUACAAUUCUUGGAGGAAAUGGGCACGUGUGCUAGUCGGGAAACCAAGAAACUCCAAAGUGAAAAAAGGCCACACAGUGAACCUGAGAACAGUGUGGAAAGUGUAUCAGGAAAACAAAUAAAAACAGACCACGUGGAACCACAAAACUACGAUUCAUGUAGUGAGGUGACGGAUGGCAGUUCUGUUUCUUCAUUUGAAAGCUCUUCUAGCAAAAUGGAAUGUGUGCCAUACUGGGCUCAAGGUCUGAAGCUUUCCAUGCAAAACCCAGACAUGCAGGUCUUCAAGGAUGAACAAGUUGUAGUUAUAAAGGAUAAAUAUCCAAAAGCUCGCUAUCACUGGUUAGUGUUGCCCUGGAAGUCUAUUUCCACUUUAUUUGCAGUGACUCACGAGCACCUUCAACUGUUGAAGCACAUGCACAUGGUUGGAGAAAUGAUAAUCCAGCAGUGCCCAGAGAAAGACAACUUGUGCUUCAGACUAGGCUACCAUGCCAUUCCCAGCAUGAGCCAGCUACAUCUUCAUGUCAUUAGCCAAGACUUUGAUUCUAAGUGGUUUAAAACCAAGAAGCACUGGAAUUCUUUCACAACCAAUUACUUCUUAGACUCCACAGAUGUGAUAGCAAUAGUAAAGAAGAAAGGAAAAGUAACUGUAGAUAAGAAUGCUCUCCAACUUCUGAAAUUGCCUCUGAAGUGUCACAUGUGCAAACAGCAACUACCGACUAUCCCUCAGUUAAAAGAACACCUUAAAGAACACUGGCCAAAAUGACUUGAGGACUCUGGCUUUAUUCAUGCACUACAGUUUACUGAGUAUUGGGUAAAUUCAGUUCCAGUGUUCAUAUGCAAAUAUUGAUGCUAUUGCCUUAUGAAGUGUACCAAAGCAUUAUCUAGCUUAAUGUGACCAAUGGUAUGGAAGGCGGGUGGCUGUUAUGGAUAGGAGGGAUGUGGUAGUGUAGGAGGUUUGUACAACGUUGUUGUACUUGUGCUUUUGCAGUGGAACCCUCACCCAUGACAUCUCUAUGCCCUCUGUGCUAAAGAAUUCAUUAUAACUAAUUGGCCAGCUAAAGUGAGCCCUGCUGCUGAAUGAAUCUUUUUGCUUGCUAUGUAGUAACUGUGUUUUAGCUCUGACAUGAUGGAAGGAAACUUAGUGCCCAUAUUCAGGGUACUAUUCUACAUUUCAAAACUGGCAUGGGUAAGAGAUGAAAACCCCAAAAGGUACUGUAGUGAGAUUUGUCUUGCAGCCUGAGGUAUAAUGUUUCUUGCUAUGUUGGAGGCAUUCAUCUGCUUUCCCAGUUUGAAUUUCACUUUACCACUGUACUGUUUCUAAGUGGAUUGCUGUGGCAUUACAAUGUGAAAUCUGAGAUCUUAUUUAAAAAAGGAAUAUUACUUGGAAUCCUGUGUUUAUUUCAAUAUGUGUAUAUGUUGAUGUGCAAAGCAAUACCUAUUAAAUUGUACUCCUGUCUA